CGGUGCGUGAGCACACAUGUUUGCAACAACAAAUCAAAAAAUAAUAGAAACAAACCAGCAACAAAACAACAUAUGCUCUCUGUUCCCCAUAAAAGAGAUAAAAACGUUUUCAAAUUUGCGAUCCGCCGGAGAACCAGAUCCAGAGUGACAGCCCCUCGCACUGGGCACUAAAAUAAUAAUAAUAAUAAUAGAGGCUAGAUCUCGUGUCCCGGCUUUAAUUGAAAUUUAUUUGUUGUGAUGCGGCCGCCACUGGGGGUUCCAUAGACAUAGACGUUUAGCCGUAUUGUGCCAGGGUCCCAGCCUCCUCCAUCUUCUGCCGCUGUCGCCUCCUCCUCCGCCCAAAUCUUAAUUAACCGGAGGCAUUGAACAUGUUUGCAUUAAUUGGAGACAAUCAAUGUGCCUGAGACCCUCGAAUCGAACGGAACGGAAGCGAGAUCCCCAUUCCCGAGGAAGAACCAUCCACCACGCCGGAAUUGCACAUUCGUCGGACCCACUUCUAUGGAGAUGGAGGAGGAACGCAACGAGAAGAAGGUGCUCUGCGAGAAGAUCAUCAGGGACAUCAAUGCGGUGUUCCUCAAGGAUCAAGAUCUCGCCUCCUUCGAAAUCAUACCCAAGGAGACCAACUGCAACAAGUCGCCGGUGGUGCAUGUGGAGCACAAUCUUGGCCUGGAAUCGUGGUGUGCCCAGCAUGUCUACGACCACGCCCACCGCACACUCAUCUCCCAUCGCCGCCAGACGUCGGCCCAGCAGCUCCGGGCGCUCCAACAGCAGCAGCAGAGCGAUACCCUGGCCAAAUACUUGAACGUGGCCCUGCUGAUCAAUCCGGACGUGACCACCUUCUGGCACAUUCGCCGCCAGCUGGUGCAAAAGAAUCGACUCAGUAUCAACAAGGAGCUGCAGUUCUCCGCCCUGGUGCUCUCCAUCAAACCGAAGUCCAAUGAGGCAUUCGCCUACCGCCGCUGGCUGUACUCCUUCCAAAGUGCCGAUGCCAUCGACUGGCCCAACGAGAUUGGGAUCUGCGAAAGGGCCGCCGAUAGAUGCGCCAGUAACUACCACGCCUGGUCGCACCGCCAGUGGAUCCUGCAGAGCGGCCCCUGCCUGCUCCAGUCGGAGCUGCUGCGCACGGAGAAGUUCAUGCGCAAGCACAUCAGCGACUACAGCUGCUACCAUUACCGUCAGGUGCUCCUGGGACGCGCCUACGAGCUCAACUUCGCGCUGCCCAACGAUUCCGGCGCCAGUGGUGGCUCCUCCUGGCCGUUGGCCAGUCUGCAGCUGUUGUUGGCCAACUAUGGCCUAAAAUGCGAACCCAAGGCGGAGGAUUUGCUGCAGGUGUUGUUGCCUGAUGUGGACCGAAGCGCCAUAAGCAGCCAGAGGCUGAGAUCGUUCCUCUACUGCUGCAAUGUGGCCGCCAGCGACAUGCGGCUGUGUGUGGAGCAGCGGUUGAUGUAUGGACCGCGGGACUGCUUCGAGCUGCAUCGCCGUGCGGCCCUCAAGUUCAUCGUGGAGCAGUGCGUCCGCCUGCAGAUGGGUUUGGUCAGCGGUCAACCGCUUCCCACGGUCCAUUUGGGCACCUUUGACGUUGAGAAGCUCCCGUUUUUGGAUGCCGUGCGGCGCGAGGAGUCCUCUCUGGGCGGCAAGCACCGGCGCUGGUGCAAUCUCCACCUGAGCUUUGGCUAUCGGGCGGAUUAGACAGCGUGACCUGAAACCUGAAACCUAAAACCUUGAGAAAAGCUCAAAUCAAUCUACCCCAAUAGGAUAACUUACUCUCUUUGCCUAUUGCCGUUUUCCAUCCGUUCAAAUUCUAGCAAAUGCAUUUCGAAAACAUUAAAAUUUGCUAAGCAGAAAUUAAAUAAAAACCAGAAUUAGUUGCAAUCAGUAAUAAUUUGUUUAUUAACUAAAAUGCUAAUUUUCAAAAAGUCCGUAGAGAACGGUUAUACACCAAAAAUAGAAAAAUGAGUAAAACAUCAGGCAUUUUAAUCGGAUUGGAAAACGGAAUACGGAAAAUACAUAAUGUAUACUCUACUUGUACGCCCCAAAGACAAAGUUCAACUAGCCCGAUAUGACAAAUGGAUCCCAAGUGGUCCACCAGUUGCAUUUCGAUAUCUGUUAGCGUUAACUGUUCAAUUCUAUUCUCGAUCUGGUCUGGCAUAAUUUGUUAGCAUUAUGUUCAGAUUUAACCAAUGCCAUGCACGUGUUUGUUGUUAGCCAAUUUGCAGUUAGUUUUUAAAUAAAUCAAACCAAUAGACAA